AUGAAAUGGGGGCGGGAACUGCAGCAACGCUAUGAGCUGGUGGCUGGGAUCCUAGCCAUCAUCUCCAUCCUUUUCAUUGUCCUCUCCACCAUCGCCCUGUCCCUCAACACCCUGCCUGAGCUGCAGGACACAGAUGAGUUUGGCCAUGCCUCAGACAACCCCCAGCUGGCCCACGUAGAGGCCAUCUGUAUAGCCUGGUUCACUAUGGAGUACCUCCUCCGCUUCCUCUCAUCCCCCACCAAAUGGAAGUUCAUCAAAGGUCCCCUGAACGUGAUCGACCUGCUGGCCAUCCUUCCUUAUUACAUCACAAUCUUUCUGACAGAGUCCAACAAAAGUGUUCUACAGUUCCAGAACGUCCGGAGGGUGGUUCAGAUCUUCCGGAUAAUGCGUAUCCUGAGAAUUCUGAAGCUGGCACGUCACUCCACGGGGCUACAGUCUCUAGGUUUCACCCUGAAGAGGAGUUACAACGAGCUGGGUCUACUCAUCCUCUUCCUGGCCAUGGGCAUCAUGAUCUUCUCCAGCCUAGUCUUCUUUGCCGAGAAAGACGAGGAUGACACCAAGUUCAAAAGCAUCCCUGCCUCCUUCUGGUGGGCCACCAUUACUAUGACCACGGUGGGCUACGGGGACAUUUACCCUAAGACUUUGCUUGGGAAGAUUGUGGGAGGUCUCUGUUGCAUUGCAGGGGUGCUGGUGAUAGCCUUACCCAUCCCUAUCAUCGUCAACAACUUCUCUGAGUUCUACAAGGAGCAGAAACGUCAAGAGAAAGCUGUGAAGCGUCGGGAGGCACUGGAGAGGGCGAAACGCAAUGGGAGCAUUGUCUCCAUGAACAUGAAGGAGGCAUUUGCCCGCAGCGCCGAGCUGAUGAACGUGGUGGUGGAGAAGAGCGAGAGGCUGCUGACGCAAGACAACCACCUCUCGCCCAGCCACUGGAAGUGGACGCCCAAGCGGGCUGCCAACGCCUCAGAGACCAGCUCGGCACACUCCUUCAACCCUGUGGAGUCCCAGACGGGUUCUCCCAGCAAGGCCAGGGCCUCCAGUCCUCAGGGGCUCAACGCUCAGAAGCUGGAGGAGAUGUAUUACCAGAUGGCCAAGACCCAGUCACAGCCCAACCUCAAUGCCAAAGACAACAGCUCCAGGGCUGGCAGACAGAGGGAUGAGAUUGAGCUGGGGGCAAUCCCUGGAGGUCCAGGGGACCCUAUGCUAGGGGGUCGAGAGGGGGUGGGGGACAUGAAGAGCCUGUCUAGUAUUGACAGCUACAUCAGCUGUGCUGCAGACUUCCAGGAGAAUCCACGUGGUGUCUACCCCCUAAGUCCAGCCUCCGGCCUGGCCCUCCUUGCCCAGGAGACCAGCCGCUUCUCCCAUAUCAGCCCAGCCACGGCCCUCUCUGGGUGGGUCAGCACCAACCCUGGCCUCCAGACCACCCUGGAGCAUGAGUUUUUUUCUGCUGCAAAAAACUCAGUCUCGGACAACACUCACAACUUCAAUAAACCUUUGAAAGGUGGCAGCCACUCCUACAAGGUGAAGUACCGGAGCAGUGGAGGGGAGUCGGGGCCAGGACCAGGUCAGUCGCCCAGCAACGGUGAUCCUCUCUCAGGCAUCUCCAUCCUGUCUGACUGCUCCCUGCUCAGCCCGGAGACGUCCAUCUACACCACAGCCAGUAGCAGGACCCCACCCAAGUCUCCGGACAGCUCCACCCUGACCACGGCCCCGACCUCCACCCCGGCUGUCUUCACCUUCCAUGACUCCUCCAUCAGUAAGUACAUUGACGCCGAUACAGAUGACGACGAGCACCUGAGGGACAUGUCGGAUGCCACAAGCCCCUCAGAGUGCCUGCUGGCCGGCUCUAGUGCCCCUAAAUGCAGCCGGAACAUCAACAGUGGCUACAACCAUAGAGGCAUCAACCACCUGGCAUCAAGCACCACCCAGCGAAUGCUGGGGCAGAACUGCCUGUUCCCCAGCUUGGAUGGGGGGACGCGGGGGAGCGGGGGCCACGUGGAGAACAAUGUGGUGCCGGAGCUGCCCCGCAGGCCCAAAGGGGACAGAGGAAAGUCUAGUACCAUGGACCAGAGCCUCUGA